AUGUCCCCUGCUGCUGAUUCUUUAGUCAGCAAUGAGCCAGUUCUGCCACUGUUUGCGGGCCAAGGCCGCUCGCAGACCUUGCCAUCGGAUAGAGCCCACUCAAAGACACGCAAGGAGCCUGUACAAAACACAACUGCUUUGGCGGAAGAAAGAACUUCGCAAAGCACAGAAGAAAGGUUCCAGAUCACGUGGUGCUGUGACUGUGGUCACUGGAUGGCGCUUAUGCUCUUCGGUUUUUUCCUGUUGGUGGACUCCUCCAAGUACAUGGCGGACGUCCGGGCCAUGGGUCACAGUCCUGUGACAGCUCAGUCCAUCGUGCUCUUGCAGGACCUACUUUUAGUCGUGCUUUGCUUGUUGGCAACCCUGAGGCACCUUGGAAUUCGAGGAGUUGUCGACACAUUCUUCUCCUUGGAGUUUUUGCGCUGUUUGCCCACCGCAGUGCUCUUCUCAUUGAGCAAUGCGUCCCUGGCACAUGCCAUCGGCCUUGGCAUCGGCGCGGCCACAGCUGUUUCCCUGGGCACCUUGUACAUGCCCAUGAGCGCAUUUGUGAGUCGCUGGAUGUUCAGACGUGCAUAUGGCUGGCUUGAGCUACAUGCACUAGCCCUUUUGACAUUCAGCUCUUUGACCUUUUGCGAGCUCCGCAGCCGUGCAGUUGGACUGUCCGGAGGCAUUCGUGGUGCUUCGUUCGUGGUGCUUUAUGCUGCCUUGGCUUGUGCAGCCUGUUUGUUGGCAGAACACAUUUUGAAGCAACGACAUGUUUCACAUCGUCAAAGAGAACUCUAUUGGGUCCAAAAGGCUCGGUUUGACUUUUGGGGCCUGUUGACAUCUGCAAUGGUGUUGCUCUACUUGGGAGCGCCUCCAUCGCCGAGUACUUUUAAGGACUGGAGCUAUUUGCAGGUCACUGACGUGGUGAUUCGCGUUGUGCAAUCGCUGAUGGCGUGUUUGGUGGUGAAACAUUGGUCGACCGUGGCCAAAGCUGUCACGCAGUGCUGUAGCAUGCUGGUGGUUUUCUUCCUUGGCGAUGUUGUUUUGCUGGGCCGAAGCCAGGGAAAUGUUUGUCUCUACAUGCUAGCGCUGACAGUGGCUCUAAGUGUGUUUCUUUAUCAGCUUGGGCGCCGGCAAACAAUGAAACAGCUGGAGGCUGCUGCGGCCAGACAGGAGCUUCAGGCUCAGGAGGCUCAGGAGGCUCAGGAAGAGGUCGAAGACGUUGUCUUUGUCAGUCUUCAACGAACGCAGUCUGAUCCCACGGGCACUCGCGGUCAUGGCAGUCCCGGCGCACGAAGCUUUUUGUACAGACCUUCAGAAGCCGAGAGGAUGCCACCAGACUUUCAAGUCUGCUGCCCUGCAGAGUUUGCACCUAGCAGCCAGCAGCAACUACCAUCUUUGAUUCCGCAGUUACCUGCUGUGGAUGGAUUAGAGCUCCUCGACCAGAACUGGCUAGAAGAACUGCGAACCCGGAAUUCACAAUUUGUCGUUUGGAUGUCUUCAAAGAAGGGAGUUCUUGUCCAGCUGGCCUGUGUGGUAAUUUUCGUGGUCUUCGACUCGGCUAGAACCAUUGUGAAUGACCAGUACAUCAGUGGCACUCCGAUUGUCUCGCAGUCCAUCACCUUCGCACAGUUUGGAGCAUCCAUUGUUGUGGGCUUGGUGGUCUCAGUGGCAGCUGAAGGCAUGACUGGUUUCAAGGAUGCAUUGUCGUGGAAGGAGAUUUUGCGAUGCUUCCCCGUAGCUACUUGCUUCUCCUUGAGCCAGACAUUCACAAUCAUGGCCUACAGCUCUGGAGUCAGUGGAAUGGAGAACACGGUCAUUGGUAACGUCUAUAUGCCUUUGAGCGCGUUGCUCAGCCGUUGGAUAUUUCGGCGCUCUUACAGCUUUCUGGAAUGGAUUGCUCUCACAGUGCUCAUGCUCAGCGCCAGUGCCUUUGUUCUGCUGCAGAACUCUGCAUCAGGAAGUCCUUCAGAGAGCAUCUUCAACACUGGGAUCAGCUACGUCCUCCUCUCCGUGGUCAUGUCGUGUUUGGCUUCGAUGCUCUCAGAAAAGAUCAUGAAGGCGGGCAACAGCCAUUUCUACAUUCAAAAAGUGAAUUUGGAUGUUGGGAGCUUUUUCACAUCAAUCCUGAUGCUCUUUGUUUGCGGCAUCACAAGCAAACGCGAUCAAGAUGCAUUCUGGAAGAAAAGAGUCGUGGAAGAUGGCAGGAUGGAAGCUGGCAUUUUCGUUGCCUGGAAUUUGCAGAUGAUCAUCGUGCUGGUGGUUACACUUCUGCAGAAUUGGCUGGCAGGAUUUGUUGCCAAACGGCUUUCUACUGUCAUCCGAUCCAGCGCCCAGCAAUUGUCGCUCCUGAUCGUUUACUUUGUGGGCGAUUUGUUGCUGAACAAGAAAGGCUUCGACUGGCCCGUUGGCACAACUGCCUUGGUCAUUGCCCUGUCCGUACAGGUCUUCGUUUUCGCAGGUCAAGCAACCAAGGACAAGACGGACAAGACGGACACGAAGCCCAUCGGAAGUGGACAGGCAGCAGCUGCAUGUCUGGGGAAAUCUGAUGUCUUUCCUUUCAGGUACUACUGCCAGGGUGGUGUGAAGACUCGGUUGCUGCGGCUGGGUUUUGAGCGUGUGCACAACGAGAACCAGGAUUUUUACAAAGUUUGUGAAGCUGGGCAAGUUCCGCCCUUCGACGUGUUGCUGACAAAUCCGCCAUUUUCAGCGGAUGAGCACUUUUCAUUUGCCUUGGAUUUUGCCAUUAAGAGUGGCAAGCCAUGGCUGAUGAUCCUUCCUGUGCACGUCAUCUUCCGCAAUCUCUUCGUGAAUCCGACGCAAGAUUUGCCAUGGAGGCCAUUUGUUGUCGCACCUCAGAAGAAGUACAACUUCAAGACACCUGCUCCUUUGCCGCCACCUCCUACAGAGAAUCGAGCAAAGGACUCGGUCUACUCGGUGUUCGGUUGGAAUCAUGAUGAAUCUGUGAUUUCGAGGGAUCUCGAUCAGCGCCAGGAAGCUGUACAGCACAUCGAAGAAGAUUUGCUUCUCGCGAUUUACGCAGCAAAAUGCUACAAGCUCCAGGAUGCUUGUGAGCCUACUCCGGAGCUGCUGGAGCUGUGCCACCAGGUUUCCCAACCCGAGUGCCGGGACGAUACUUGGGAUGCAAUGAUGUAUCACCGCAUCGGCCAGUCCUGGAAGACCAGACGAGCUGAACUGAUUUGGCUCGAUGACAAGGUUGCUCAAGUGCACCGAACAGCAGAACUGCUGGAUUGUGAGCCUUUACACCUACCAUUGCUGGCGCAUGCUGCUGAUGAUCCAGUGGGCUUGGAGAAGAUGAAGCAAACCUUGCUGGAGUGUGCAAGGGAAAAUCAGCCCGUCGUGAUAAAACCACGACAUGGUGCGAACAGUUGCUUCAUUUUUUUCUGGCCUUCGCCUGAAGAGACCAAACAAGAGGAACUGUUUCAAAGCAUCGAGGCUGCUUUGGUGGGCGAAGACAGAUCAUGGGAAAAGGAGUGCUGGCAACUUUCACAAGUGCCUCGCGGAGCUGUGCUGCAACCCAUGUAUUCCAUUGCAGUCGACCGUCAGACUGGUCCCCGAAGCCGCGCAGCCCCCAUGGAGCUCAAGGUGCAAGUCCUCUUUGGCCGAUUGGUGGGUGCUACACUAAACACUCAUCCGCAGCCGCUGUGGGUGGCUUGGAAUGGUGUUAUCCAGAUGUGGGACAGCCAGGACCUGGUGGCCAGGGGACAGGUGCGUUGCAAAAGUUUGGAUCGCUGCUAUGGUCGGAGUUUGCCACCACAGCUCCUGGUUGGCUUGCAGGAAGCUUUGGCCUCAAGUUGGUUCUUCAUACGAGAUGCAUCAGAGCGUCUCUGCCAAGCGGCAGGCUUGGAUGAGCUCCGAGUGGACUGGCUGCUGGGAGAUGCCAAGUGGGGCCCCCGCAUCGGUGAACUGACCUAUAUGGGAGCAGGCUCC